UCACGACCUUCACCUUCUUGUUGAUUAAAAUCGAACGACGUGAUCAUCUACUAUAAACACUCGUCGUCUCUUACCUGCUGUCUCAAAAAUCCCGCUAUACCUAUUUUUUCUCGUUUUUCGAAUACUUGGUUGUAAUUUCUUUGCCACCACAUCUACUUUCAUUCGUCAGUGUCUAAACCUUACUUUCUUCAUUUGUCAUACUGUUUCAAUUAUGAGGAACUAUAACUAUUUCACAGCUUCUUUAUUUUUUGCAUAUUUUUCUUCAGUGUAUGCUGGCAUGGAUAGAGAGCAUCUUAUAAAACUCGCGUGUGCUCGAAACCCGGAUCUCGAAAUGUGUGAGCAGUUGAAAGCCCGAAAUGUCAGAGACUCAAAUUCUGGGAAAUUGGAAAUGAUUGAACCUCCACCACUUCCUCCUUCAAUGAAAGCCGCAAAAAGAAGAGAUAUCCAUGCCGCCCACGACGAAAAUUCUGAGCAAAAGCCUGUGCGUUACCGUGCACUGAGCGCCGAAGAAGUUCGUAUCCUUCAAACAAAAUGUGCUCGAGUUGGGCCACUUGUUCAGAAACAUUGUCAACCUAAAAAGACUUCAGCCAGAAAUGCUGGAAGAUGUGCAGCAUAUUUCAGAGAUUGUGCUCAAUUUAUUGAAAAGGGUGAUCCACUGGGAGCGAUUGCAAACAGUUUUGAUUCUGGGGUCAACAUCAAUCUUGCAAAUGUCGAUGUGAAGGGUAUUCCCUAUUAUCCACUUAAUGAAGAAGGAGCUGUUGGAGUUGGAGUUGGAUUGGGAAUUCCAUUUGGAGCAUGGGGUGGAGGUGCUUCAACAUCUGUAGGAGUGAGAGACUACUUCCACGGAGAUCAAGAAGUUGGAGCCAAUUGGUAUGAUGGAAAGUAUGGAUACAAGAAUCACUGGAACAUUCCACUUGUUCAAUCUCUGGGAGUUGAAGGUGGUCAGCACAAUACGGUGUCAUUCCCAUUACACGGAAAAGACGCUGGAAAUUUGAAAGUUGACAACGGAUACGGAGUCGGUGGUUACUAUCAGCAAAAUGAUCAUGUUGGAGUGAAUUACAAGGAAGGAGAUGUUCGACACACAUUCGGAGUUAGUUCUCCGUUUGUUGGAGCAGGUUUCCAGACUGGACAGGCUGUUGCAUUUCCUGGUUUAGACGUUUGGGAACGGGCACUUGGAUAAUCUAGAAUGUAUUAUUUGUUGUUUGAAUGUCGAUACAGGUUCAAUGAACUCAAAAAUUGUUAAUUUGUGAAAUAAGUCUUUAGAAAACGCUAUACAAUCAUUUUUCUUCCAUCUUUCGCGUAAAGUAUGUACUGUGCUUUCUUGAAUAUUUUUAUCAAUUCAAUCUAAUAUCUAGAUCAUUUCUAGGAUUUUGCCAAUUUUCAAAAAAAAAGUUCAAAAUAUAAAAUCUCUGUUUGUAUAUAUUGAUUUUCGACACAUUUUAUUUACGAUUAAUAAAGUGAAACAAUCAACGA